UAAGAAGACCAAUUCUCCCGCCAAACAUCGAUCGGUCAGACUUGCUCAAACUUCCGAUAAACAACAUAGCCCUUCGCUACCGGUUCCUUGUUUACCCGGUUUCCCGAUUGUUUCUCCCCAAGCACCCAUUUAGAUCUCUGUGUCCAUGUCUUCUACAAGGAGCCGAAAGAAACAAGCUGCCGCCAUGUCAGAUGUGGCACCUUCCCCCAGAAAGAAAAUCAAAACAGAAACCAAUGGCAGCACGUCAGCCAAUGGGGUGGGAGCGGUGGUUAACAUAGCUUGCAAGUGGGAGCACGAGGGAGCAAAAGACAAAUGGAGCCAGUACACUGGGGAACAAAGUAAAGCCAUCUCUGAGGCAUUUAAGGAAAGAAAGACAUGUGUGGAGAUAAAGAACAAGGAUGCAACACUUGUGGUUAUGUUUGACCGCAUGGUACAGAGAAAUGCCAUGUCUGGCUGGGAGAAGAGAGUCCGGUGCAUGCCGUCAGGGUGGAACCAUCUGGAAUAUGUUUGGCAAUGGAUGGAGGGAAAAAACAAAUGGUCUACCUACUCCCAAGCAACAGUCCACCUACUGGAGGCUGCUCACAUGCAUGGGGUUACUUGUGUUACCUUUUCUAUGAUGGGUAAACAGGCUAGCGUAGACUUGACCAGCUACAAACAGACAUUAGCAGGAAACAAGACACAAAAGAAUGUCAGAAGAAUCAAGGCUGAUGAAGCAGGUGAGCCUCCCGCAAAUGAUGCUACAGUGACAACUACAAAAACCAGACCAGCAGCUAAACCAAUGAAGGAUGUGAAACCCAAGAAGGAGGCUGUGAAAGAGGAAGCUGUAGAGAUGAAGUCCUUAACAUUUUCUGGAAAAGCACCUGUGGACAGCUUCUGCUCAAUCAAGGACAAGGUGCAUGUCUUUUGUGAAGGGUCUACAAUCUGGGAUGCAAUGUUGAAUCAGACCAAUGUGAUGAAUAACAACAAUAAAUACUACUUGAUCCAACUGUUGGAGGACAAUACAGCAAAGAAAUACUACACCUGGAUGAGAUGGGGCAGAGUUGGAUUUGAUGGACAAAAAAACUUGCAAGCAUUUGGAGCCAACCUAGAUGCUGCAAAGAGAACAUUUGAGAAAAAAUUUUCUGACAAGACUAAGAAUGACUGGGAGGAUCGUGCCAGUUUCACCAAGGUGCAAGGGAAGUAUGACCUGCUCAUCAUGGAUUACAAGGCUGAAGAGAACGAUGAAGUGGAUGCACCUGUUAAGGAGGAGAAACCUGCUAAGCCGGAGAGCAAGCUUGACUGCAGAGUUCGUGAGCUUGUAGAGCUGAUCUGUAAUGUCCAGGCAAUGGAGGAGGCACUAAAAGAGAUGAAAUAUGAUACCAAGAAAGCUCCAUUAGGUAAGCUGACUACCGACCAGAUAAAGGCUGGCUACGAAGCCCUCAAGAAAAUCGAGUCAUGCAUCAGCAAGGGAGAUUAUGGCAACAAACUGGUGAAAGCCUGUGAUGAGUUUUACACAAGAAUACCACACUGCUUUGGGAUGAAGAGACCUCCUCUAUUGAGAACAAAUGAAGAAGUCAAAGAAAAACUUGAGCUACUAGAGGCUUUGGGAGAUAUCCAGGUGGCCAUUACUAUGCUAAAGGAAAAAGUGGACGACAAGAUGCACCCAGCCGAUAAGCACUAUGAGUCACUCCACUGCGACUUGGAACCCCUCGACCAUGCCCAUGACGACUUCAAGAUGGUCAAGAUGUAUGUUGAAAAUACUCACGCGCAAACUCACAACCAGUACAAGAUGGAGGUCGAGGACGUCUUCGUUGUUCGACAUCAGAAAGAAGACUUUUUGGAUGUAGGGAACAGAAUGUUGUUAUGGCACGGUUCACGACUUACCAAUUGGGCAGGGAUCCUUAAGCAAGGGUUACGUAUUGCCCCUCCAGAAGCCCCGGUCACCGGUUAUAUGUUCGGUAAAGGAAUCUACUUCGCUGAUAUGUCUUCCAAGAGUGCCAACUAUUGCUUUGCCACGAGGUCCAAAAACACUGGGCUUGUUCUUCUAAGCGAGGUUUCCCUGGGAAAAAGCAAUGUUCUUCUGACAGCGGACUACAAUGCGGCCAAGUUACCUGCAGGGCACCAAAGUGUGAAGGCUCUUGGGAAGUUUGCCCCAGAUCCCACGCAGAAUGUUGUCAGACCUGACGGACUGACCAUUCCUUGUGGGAAGGGGAUUGCAACAGGAGUGACAAGCCCCAAUGGAUACACGCUGAUGUAUAAUGAAUACAUUGUAUAUGACACAAGACAAGUGCGGAUGCGAUACCUAGUGAAGAUGAACUUUAAUUUUAAGUAGAAAACGUCGAUUUUAUUAUCACGACAAAUAAGGCAAAAAAAAAACUAAAAAGAUAUUUUUGUUAUGUUUAUGAACACAAGUCUAUUAUGUUAUGGUUAUGUCUGUUGCUUGUAUGUGGCCGCAUCAAGUGUAUGGUAGCACUUCUCUGGGAUCUCAGAUGUUAAUCGAUGAUUCCAAAAAAUACCACCUGUAGGUUGGUGAACGUAUAAUGCUGUUUUCGGUCAGAAAAAAAAAAGAAUUACCACCAUAGACUAUUUCUUGUAAUAGUUAUUUAGAUGUAAUAGUUAUUUAAAGCGCCCACCAAGA